CGAAUACAAAUCGCCAAGGCAGCUCUAAGGGAGACACCGACUGUAAAGCACGUUAUAUUCAUAUACGUUUUUAUAUGAUUAUACAUAUAUUAAAAAUAAAAAGCAUUACUUAAAGCGAAAACCUUGACAAAAAUGACUGCAUUGAAUAUCUUGUGUUUACUGAUGAGUAUUCUCGCGGUUGAUGGACUAAUAUCUUACAGAGAGUUGGAAACAUACGAAACCCAUCCGUGUUAUCGGAAGUGUGAAGUGGGACAGUCACGGAGGUGUUACUAUGACUUUACACUGGAGCUGUACUAUACACUGGCCAAGGGCUGCUACGACUGCCCCCACAACAAGACGGACUGUUAUCGCCCGCACUGUGUGGCCGCGGAUGGUGUCCAAAGAGCCAUAUACACCGUCAACCGUAUGCUGCCCGGACCUGCUAUACAUGUCUGUGAGAACGAUACUGUCAUUGUGAACGUACAUAACGAUCUUAACAACGCAGAAGGAACCAGUAUCCACUGGCAUGGCGUCCUACAGCAUGGUUCCCAGCAUAUGGACGGCGUCGCCAUGGUGACACAGUGUCCCAUAGCCGCCAAGACAGAGUUUGAAUACAGGUUCAAGGCCGCGAAUGCUGGAACCCAUUUCUGGCACGCCCAUUCGGGGUUACAGAGGUCAGACGGUCUGUAUGGAGCUUUCGUGAUCAGACAAGCGGACGAACAUGAGCCGCACCUGGGUCUGUACGACGAAGACCUUCCCGGGCACACGAUGAUCGUCAACGAUUGGCUGGUCGAGCUGGCUAUAAAUAGAUUCGCUAAUCAUCACAAUAGCGCAGGCGAUAACAAACCACGUUCUAUGCUUAUUAAUGGCAAGGGCGUUCUGCAGGAGUUUUUCAGUAACUCUGACAACACGAGUUCAUACACGCCAGUCCAUGUGUUUCAAGUGACACAGGGACGACGGUUUCGUUUUCGGACCAUCAGCAAUGGAAUUCUUAACUGUCCCAUACAGGUAUCCAUUGACAACCAUACGAUGACAAUGAUCGCCUCGGAUGGGAAUGCGUUUGAGAAAGUAGAAGUGGAAUCGUUCAACAUUUUCGCCGGUGAGCGAUACGACUUUGUUCUUGGUGCUGAUAAGCCCGUUGGAAACUACUGGGUGCGGGUGCGUGGACUUGCUGACUGUGGGGUCAAAUCCGCCCAUCAGGUUGCUAUCCUGCGUUACGAUGGUGCCGAUGAUAUCGAUCCUCCCUUGGACGUGGCUUAUGAUCUUGCAGACAGAGGGGGCAAGAAACUGAAUCCGUGGAACAAGAAAUCCACAGAAGAGCUUGUUGCAGUCGCUGACCUGAAGGCUAGAAAUGUUUCAACGUAUGCCUUGCAAAAGACAGUACCGGACAAAACGUUUUACCUGGCUAUGGACUUCAACAUGAUCGAUAACUACCACUUUAACGACAAGAGUUUCUACCCCCUAAACGCUGUUGAUAAGCCUGGGAAACUGUAUACCCCACAAAUCAACCAUAUUAGUCUGGUCCUGCCACAUACACCUCCACUUACACAGCUCCAAGACAUACCAGAGGGGGAUUUUUGCAGCUAUGGAGACGCAGCAGCGGCUAACUGCAGUUCGGAAUACUGCGAAUGCGUGUAUCGCCUGCAGGUGGCGCUUGGUGACGUUGUGGAGCUCGUGGUUAUCGACGAGGGCGUCACGUUUAACGCUAACCAUCCCAUGCAUCUGCACGGUCACGCUUUCCACGUGUUAGGCAUGGAUAGGCUGAAUGAAUCCACUUCUUUAGAAGAAAUUCAGAAGCUAGAUGGGCAGGGGCUUCUUCCUCGUAACCUGAACGACUCUGUGCUCAAGGAUACAGUUACCAUUCCAGAUGGAGGCUAUGCCAUUCUUCGCUUCCAUGCAGACAACCCAGGGUUCUGGUUCUUCCACUGUCAUAUUGAAUUCCACGUUGAUAUUGGGAUGGGAAUGAUCAUACAGGUCGGAGACCAACACGACAUGCCGAAAGUGCCUACGGGAUUUCCUAAAUGUGGCCAUUGGAGCUUUAGUGGUUAUGGAGAUGCAGAGGAUUACCCUUCAUACUGUGUUGGUGGGGCCUCAAGGGCGUUCACAGUUUCUAUUUCAAGUUUUACUGUAUUUUACAUACUGUAUGUGUUAAUUUCUUAGAUGCCAUAACAAAGCGCUUGCUUAUGUUAAUAUGAAGUUAAUAUGUUACAAAGCAUAUGUUUUACGUUGAUUUAUUUUUGAGUUAGCCUGUUUUUUCGAAGAUAUUGUUUUCAAGUUGUUUUCAAAGCCUUGGUAUCUUAUACACCGUGAGCCCAUUAACCAUGGCCAUCUGGAAAACGACUUUCAAGGCGUUAAAUGGACUUUGUUACACAUGUUGCCAGUUACAAAGCGCAUGCAAAUACCGAUGUCCUUAACUAUGGCCAUUAUAAUUGAUGAGUUGUACCAACAGCCCAGCGUUGGCGCUUCAUCUGCGGCAUUCUUGUUCUGAAGAUCAAUCAAUGAGUAACAUAUAUUUUUUAUAAGAUGUAUAUAAACAGAAAGCGGAGACUUUUAUGUUACGGAUAUAAAUAUUAAAAAGUAAACGAAAUUAA